GGUGUAUCGGAUUGACGGCUGCCUUCUCCAGCUCGCAAAUCUAGAUGGGUCCCGAGAAGCGGGAAACGCAAGGGUCUGGCCCGGUACUGUAUUCGAAAGCAGGGUGCGCCAGCCGGACGGGCGCCAGAACAUCUCCCUGAGUCCCCCUACGAAGUACUUGCACAGAGUCACCUCACAAAUGGAGACGGCAGCAAGGCGUGACCGCAGUUGGGGGUGUAUCGCAAGGUUCGAUCAAGUUUCAACAUGCACCGCUGAAGAUGAGCUGAAGUGGGCUAUUGGGCAUCCUCAUCUCUUGACGUUGCCCACAGUACUCCGGAGUGUACACUCGAAACCCCAAGGAGACGAUUCGGCUGUACAGCCUCACCUGCGUCGUGAGAGUCGGGACGCGUUCGUCCAGAUCAACAUACGAAUGACCAGAAACGCAUCUUGCAUAGCCAAGCUCGCCAGUCACCAGUGUCAUCUAUUCUCACGAUGCCGCAUUGCACAGCACUCCUCCGUGCCAUACCACCAUACCAAUAGAGCACAGCACAGCACAGCACAGCACAGCACAGCACAGCACAGCAUAGCAUAGCUCACUCUGAUUGCUCUCCAUCAUGCACACCUGUUGCACCGGUCGUGGCUUUGAGGCCGCUAACGGUAGGGCGGCAAGCUAAGAGUCCUCAAGAGAACCAAGACACGAACAAGACUGGGCAAGACUGGAGAGGGACUUAUAGUCUCAUGCACGGUACC